UUUCGCUUUGCUUUGCUAAAAAUAUGCUUGCAAAAAAUACAAAUGGCGGCUAUUUUACCCUCUAGUGCAGCACCAAACGAAAGAAAAAAGGAAGAGGAACUACCAGAGAAGGGUGAAGUAGGAGAAAAGGUGAAAUCGGGCGAUGAAUUGCCAAAGGACGCAUCCAAGCCRACGUCCAAACGUAAGUCUCCGCGUCCGCCCUCAAAAAAGACGCAGUUAACAAUGACGAAAGAUACAUCACUUGCGCAAGGAAAAAACGRUACGGAUGAGGAGGAAAGAAGUUUUCUUCUCCUGGAUGAGAAGGAAUGCUUGCAGGUUCAAAGCUCUGAAGAUUUGAYAAAAAAGCUUGGCAUAAGUGAUUAUUCUGGAACCAAAGUAUUGUCAAUAUUUGGCAACACAGGAGAUGGGAAAUCACAUACGUUGAAUCACACAUUCUUUGAUGGUGAAGAAGUGUUUAAAACUUCAGCAUCGCAGUUGUCUUGCACUGUUGGCGUCUGGGCGUCUUAUGACAAACACACCCACUGCAUAAUCCUAGACACAGAAGGACUUCUGGGAAUGUCUGGGAAUCAGAAUCAAAGAACAAGGCUUUUACUAAAAGUUUUAGCAAUAUCUGAUGUAAUAGUAUAUAGAACUAGAGCGGAAAGACUGCAUACUGACAUGUUUACRUUUCUUGGCGAUGCUUCUGAGGCGUACUUGAAGCAUUUUUCCAAAGAACUUCAUGCAGCGGCAGAAAGGUUUCACAUGAAUGUGCCAUUGUGUACACUUGGUCCUGCRGUUAUUAUAUUCCAUGAAACUCAGCACACUGAUUUACUCGGAGUUGUGGAUGAGCACAAUACCAUGACAGGUACACCAUCAAAAAAUCCUGAUGAUAUYCUGAAACAAAGAUUUGCUGAUGUAGGCCGUGUUCCUCAAGCAUUCAGCUCUAUCAUGUAUGUCGGUACAAGAACCUAUGCUCCUCCAACAGACUUUAAUGGAUUAAGAAAAGUAGUAAAAGAACACCUUCGUAACAACUCAGUUAGAUCGGCAAGAUCACCACAAAUCAUUUUUGAUGCACUUUUGUUUUUAAAUGAAAAAUUUUGUGGGGACAUUGAAAGGACCAUCCUAAAUACCUUUCCAGAUGCAUAUUUUACAUGUCAAUCCUCUUGUAUCUCAUGCAAUUCACGAUGCCAACAAAGUAUGAACCACGAAAAAGAWGACAUGCCACAUCAGUGUAAUACACGAUGCCAAUAUCAAGCACAGUUUGAUAAUCGAUAUUUUACAUGUAAUGCAUGUUACGAGAAAGGAAAGAUGAAUAUAGUGAUACCCAAGAUGUGCUCGGCUAAUGAUUCAUCUUGGUUUGGUAUUGUGAAGUAUGCCUGGUCAGGGUAUGUUCUGGAGUGUCCUGAAUGUGGCGUCAUCUUUAAAAGUCGUGAGUAUUGGUAUGGGAAUCGAGAUCCUGUUGAAACAGUAGUACGGCCAGAGAUAAAGCACAUAUGGCCUGGGGACAUGACCUCACCUCAUGAGCCAAGCAAUGCAGCCCGGCGUGUUUUGGACGGUGUAAAGUAUGUUACAGACACUGUAACGGCAUACAGUGCUCCUUCCAGCAGAGUAGUGACUGACUGGAUAGCAGACCAAGUAGCACCGGAAUACUGGAUUCCUAACUCUCAGAUAACAGCUUGUCAAGCAUGUCAACGUCCAUUUGAUGUUGGUGAGAAAAAACACCAUUGCCGUGCAUGUGGUGGGGGAUUUUGCGACGAGUGCUCAUCCAAUCAGAAACCUGUGCCAGAACGAGGCUGGGGUACAGAACCUGUGCGUGUUUGCGAUAUCUGCUUCAAUGAMGAGCAARCRGACAGAGAACAACAUCCUGCAUUAGACUUGAGUGAAUUAUCAGAUGCAUUAGAAGAUGAMAGCAACCAAACCUUAGUCGACAAAACCCUGGGACCAAGAGCUGCUCGAAAAAUGAUCGAGGGUGUCCAGACAGCUGUKGAGAGACUAGGGACUGCAUUAGACUACCCUCGAGAGAUACUAACAGAUGCAGCACGUCCAAGCUACUGGGUCCCAGACUCACAGAUCAGCGAGUGUUAUAUUUGUGAAACAGAGUUCAAGGUCAAGGACAAAAAACAUCACUGCAGGGCUUGUGGACAAGGRGUGUGUGACAAUUGCUCCAAGCAYCGAUUGCCUGUCCCCUCUAGGGGUUGGGACCAACCUGUUCGGGUGUGUGAUAAAUGUUUGAAAAGCAAGGAUUUAUAGCAUAUCAACAGUGGUCUUCCUGUGCUUUUCUGUCAGUAAAAAGACUGGACUUCAUUACAGAAAUAUUUGAGUUUGAGGACAAUAAUCUUGAAACGGUUUAAUACAUGUAUAUAAAGUUUAUGGUUUUAACAGGAGUCUGAUUCAAAACGAUUACUGUAUUAAACAAAUUAGUUUUGUUUUUAGUGUUUAGUAACGCCCUGUACAUAAAAAAUUCAUAAAGGAACUAUAGGAAACAUAUACAAGACUUGUUUUGAAUAUUGUAAUUAUUGUACUACAAAGUUACUAUUAAUACCAAGUUAUAACAAAAUAAACUUUGAUAAAUGACA